AUGUCGAACCCCGAAGACUACGCCAUUGGCUGGAUAUGUGCCAUAAGCACAGAAUACGUUGCCGCACAGGCUUUCCUAGACGAAAAACACGGUAUACCAAGUAAUGUCUCCAGGCAUGAUAACAACGAUUAUACGCUGGGAAGAAUUGGACAGCACAACGUCGUCAUAGCCGUCCUUCCAGAUGGGGAAUAUGGCAUAGCUUCUGCAGCAAGUGUCGCCAGAGACAUGCUUCAUAGCUUUCCAAAUAUUAGAAUUGGUUUAAUGGUCGGCAUUGGCGGUGGCGCUCCUAGCGGAAGUCAUGAUAUUCGCUUAGGCGAUAUUGUUGUGAGCGCUCCUCGUGAUGGAAUGGGGGGCAUCUUUCAAUACGAUUUUGGCAAAACAAUUCAAAAUCAGAGCUUUCAGGCAACUGGAUUUUUAAACCAGCCGCCUACUGUCCUGAGAACGGCAAUGGCUGGGCUUAGGUCUCAGCAUGAGAGCGAAGGACAUGAAUACGAGGCCACCAUCUGUGAGAUUCUUAACAAAAAGCCACGACUCCGGAAGAAGUAUACUCGGCCGGGUCCAAACAGCGAUAGACUAUAUCAAAGUGACAUUGUUCAUCCUGAGAAUGACUCCAAUAGCUGCCAGAUUGUUUGCGGCGAUGAUGCAAAGAUUCUAGUGCCACGCCUUAAAAGGACGGAAGAUGACGAUAACCCUGCUAUCCACUACGGCAUUAUUGCUUCUGCAAACCAAUUGAUGAAAGACGCCAUUAUGCGGGAUAAGCUUGCCAGUGAGAGGGGUGUUUUAUGUUUUGAGAUGGAAGCAGCUGGACUUAUGAACCAAUUUCCGUGUUUAGUCAUUCGAGGUAUCUGCGACUAUUCGGACUCACACAAGAAUAAGGAAUGGCAAGGGUAUGCCGCAAUGACAGCGGCUGCAUAUGCGAAAGAUCUUCUAUAUCGUAUACCAUUGAACAAGGUUGAGGCUGAACAGAAAAUUAAAGACACUCUGUCCCACGGCCAGACACCCGUUAAUUGA